UUUUAUUUUCGUGGGGAAGUUUAGUUUUUAGUUUUUAAAACAAUCAAUUUAUGGUAGAAAUGCUUAAAAUUAAUGAGUAAUUUUGCGAAAUAAUUAAAAUUUUAAAGCUGCGCUUCAAAAUGAUAUAAAAUUUAUAAAGAAUUUCCAAGUAAUAGUGUGAAAAAAAAGAAAACUAAGUGCAAAAUCAAGAAGUGAAAUUCUGUCGACGCUCUGGCCUUUCCCUAUACCCAAAGAGAAAAAAUAAACGGCGCCAUUUUAAGCAAAUGCAAUGGUAUUGCUGUUCCAAUACUAAAAUAUUAAUAAAAAGAAAAAGGUUUAUUAUUAUACCUAAGAAAACGUGAAAUAAAUAAAUAAAUGUUUAGCGAACUGCAGCAUACAUGAAACAAUAAUUGUGAAAUUGUUCUCCAAUAAAUAAUGAGCACAUUGAAUGAUUCAAAAUCAAGGAAUGUUUUGGAAUCGCAGCAUCAGCAUAGAAAAGAAUCCUCAUCAAUACCAGAAAAUAAAAAUGAACAUGAGAGCCCACAAAAAGAUAAACAUAAGAAAAGACAUGAGAAGAAGAAAAACUGUAGCAACACAGCAUCAUCAGGUUCAGCGACAACGAAUAGCAGCAGCAGCAGUAGCAGUAACAGCAGUCACACCAGCAACAGCAGCAGCAGCGUUAGUAAUUUAUCAAAUAUUGCAUUAGCCACACAAUUCAGCAUACAACGCACUGAUUCUGAUGGUUGUCUGCGCAUGAAGAUAUCCGCCAUUAGACCCACAGUUACAGCUGUUCAAAAUAUUAAGCCCCCAUUGGCAAAGACCACAAGGCAGGAAGAACAGAAAUCUGUAUCGGCCCUUAGCAAUAAAAGUUCAGAAUCAAUCAAAUUGAAAAUUUCAUCCCCACCACCAACACCAACACCAACCCCAUCAUCAACACAAAAUCAACAAAAAUACAAACAAGCACAACAGCAGCAAGAAAAACGAAUAAAGUCUGAAGAAAAAAUGAAAACUUUAGUGAGUACCGCAACCACGCCGGUGACAGCAAAAGCCCUGUCUGUCAUUGUUAGUCCACGUUCAGCCGCAAUUAAAGAGAAAAAUGAAUUGUCGCUAACAUCGUUAAUACCGGUACUGGCAACUAACACCACCAUGUCGGGCGGUGGUGUAGGAGAUAGUGAUGUUACAGAUUCUGGAUGUUCAGAGGCUACAAAUACCACAAAUGCAACCACAGGCCCUGAGAAAAUAUCCAAGCGUAAAGUUAAACGCAAAAAAUCUGUCAUAAAAGGUGUUAUUGAGGCCAAAAGAUCGCUGAAAUCAUUGAAAUCGCUGCUGACCACAGCCCAAACAAAUGUCUUUUCCACAGAUUCAGAAGAUGAGCCUUUGUCGCAAAAACUGAAAGCAAAUGUAGCUGCGUCUGCGUGUACUCAGAGAGCUCCGCGUUUGCUGCUUACAGCUUUGGGUGUUAAACAUGUGACUGCCAAUAAUCUAGGCCAUUCCCAUAUAAAUAUGCAGGCCUGUGGUGCUCCAGUUUCUACUGGAACGACUGGAGUUAGCGAUCACAUUGGCUUAUCCAGCAGUGAUAAUGAGUUGCCCAAUGUGCGGGCUGCUGUCGAACGGGUGGUUGAAGAUUCCGAUGAUGAUGAAGAUAGUCCGUUACUGUCGCAUUAUCCCAAAACCAAAACGAAGCAACUACCCCAAUAUCAGUCAACAUUAUUGCAAGAUUUUAUGGAAAAGACCCAAAUGUUGGGUCAAAACACCAAAUCAUCGGAGAGCGAAAAUACCAAGUCGUCGCAAGCGACGACAUCACAAAGUGAGAUAUUAGCUCAGAUCAAUACUAAUUCGCAAUCGGACAGUAUAUCCUCAUCAGCGGCAAGCGUCAAUAAAAAACGUCGAGGAAGACCGAAAAAGCCGGAUAAGCUUGUAGACUUAACCCUAACCAUGAUGUCACCUUCGCACCAUACCAACGCUCAACAAAAAAUUACCUCCUCGAAUAUAAAUGAAUCGGGAGAUUCUGGCGUAGUGUCGACGACUAGUAUAUCAACACAAAGUACAUCACCCCAUCCCUGUACCACACUGGCUUCCGGUAAUGAUAAUUCAGUGUUAUUACAUUCGCCCAGUAAGUCGGCAAAUACAACGGCUGAUAAGCAAGGCGUAGAGUCGACGUCGGAGUCGGCGGCUGCAGCGUCUUGCUCUUCUGCUUCAACAAAACCCAAAAUUGAUAUUGCCUUAUUGGAUAAGCGCAUGUAUGCGACGGAACGAGUGCUAUAUCCUCCACCGAGGAAUAAACGGAGACAAUCGAUGAGUGCGGCCGCUUCCACGGGUGGGGGAGACAAAACACAAAAGAAUGCCACUCACCCAUCCAACCAGCAGCAGAGUGCCACCAAGGACGACAUUCAAUUGGAUCCUGUCUGGCGUAAAAUCGAUGUCAAUCGUAAAUUUCGCCGACCCAGCGUUUGCAGCACCACAGGCUAUAAAAGCGAUGGUGAUGAACGCUUUAGAGAUCGUUCCUCUAAAUCUACGGUGUGCAGCAAAAUCUUGGCUGCCAAAAGUGGUUACGUUUCGGACUAUGGCUCAUCUUCGUUUCGCGUCUCGAAACAUACAAAACACUCCCAUAAUUCUGGCUACAAAAGCGAUGCGAGUUGCAAAAGUCGCUACAGCACAAAAAGCUGCGCUUCUCGGAAAUCUCGUGCCAAAUCUUGUGGUUAUCGAAGCGAUUGCAAGGAAAGCAUAUUGGGAGGUACUUCGAAAUCAUCCAAGUUUCGCAGAAAAAGGAGAUCUUCAAUUAUGCCCAAGUCAAUAGGUUCGCUCAAAGACGAACAAGACAUAUUGCAAUUGGCUGGUUUGUCCUUGGGUCAAAGCAGUGAGGAAUCCAAUGAGUAUGUCUGCAAGCCAUCGCUGGAGAAGCUGCCCACUACCAGUGCCUCGAAGAAAUAUGGUGAAAUCAAUCGCUACAUAGCUACGGGAGAGUACUUUGGCCGGGGUUCCUCCGGCAACAGUCAUCAUAAUUCUCACAAGUCUUUCGCCAGUUUGAGCAACAGCAAUCAGGCGAAAAUCUUUGACUUGUCCAACGAUCUUCCACCAACUCCUGCCAAACUGUCAUUGCAUCAGCGUAAGAACUCCACCACUUCUGAAUUUGCUCACGAUUUGCUACAACUGCCGGGAUCCCAUCAUGCGGCGAGAAAAAUAAAGUCGCGUAGAUCAUCGGUGGCAAGCUAUUGCAGCUCCUUUUAUUCGGUGGGCACCACCAAGAUGCGCAAACGGCGGCGACGAAAGCUGUUUCGUUCUCAUAACUCAUCGUCGAGUAAAAAUGCCAUUGUGGACUCGAAAUUAUUAACUGAAAUAGAAAUACUCACAAACACAUUUUCAACGAGAUGUAGAAUUCAAAGUUCUGGGGUCUCCGAAAAAACAACAGGUUCGGUUACUGUUGGUGGUAUUUUAUCACAAAAGGAAAAAUUGAUGGCUGAGGCGACAAAACUGAAGCAAAGUUUUGCGGCUGCUGCAGCAGCGCAAGCGGUAGCAUCUACAUCCAGUGCCUCAGUAUCAAUGGGCAAAAGAGAUGCAAGGGACAAGAAGUCUUUGAAAAAGCGUAAGAUGUCCGAAAACCUGGAUUUUGCCAUGCUCUCGGCCAGAGCAGAAGGAGGUAGUGGUAUGGCCCCAUCUAGUGGAUCGGGCCAGGGAACAUCUUCGAAAAGAAGGCACAAAAAGGCCAGUAGUUCUAGUCCGGAUGAUCACAAGUUGCCAUUGAAGAAACGCCACUACCUUUUAACUCCCGGCGAGAAACCCAGCGAUGUUGCAGUGGCCGUGGCCGCUAAAUUAUUCGCUAACAAUUCCGAGGCAUGGGCCGCAGCAGCAGCCGCUGCCAAAUCUACGGCCAACACAAAAUCUCAGCAACAAUUCAAUGCAAAGACGGCUAAGGCCAAUCUAACUCCCAAGAAACGGCAUCUGCUGCAGCAGCCCCCACAUUCUCUUAGUGAAGACUCGAAUAGUAAUAAGACUGCAAGCACUCUCUCUCCACUGAGGGUAGCGGUUGGCGACUCCAAUUCCAUAAGUGGCGGUAAGUUGUUGGACAUAAGUCCACAAUCACUGAACAGUCUCAAGCAAGUCACCGAGGCAGUGCACAAGAAAAGGUCACGUUUGGAAGGUUUGGUUUCGCGCAUUGCCAUUAACCACCAUGGAGAGGAUGUGGUGACAUGUGCUAGACAAAAAACACCGCUGUCUUCGGUGCUGCAAAUAGAAUCGGAGUCUUCUUCUUGUCCUCCACCGGGAGUCUUCGAGCCUUCGGUAGAAUUAGAAAUACAAAUACCGCCCAUGGCUAAACUAACAGAUGCCACUACUGGUAUUAUCACUAAAUCGGAGGUUGAUUCACCCCUUUUGUUGGACAUGAACACGGACUCGGCGCAAAGAAUGCAAGGCCAACGCGUUGUGGAAUCGCUGCUAAAUAAAACCGGCGGCAAUUUGUUGUUAAAAAGAAAACGCAAGAAAAUCAAUCGCACUGGCUUUCCCACAGUGCGGCGUAAGAGACGCAAGCUGCAAGAUAGUUUGAUAUUAGAUGCCACAACCGAUUGUGGCGAAUGUGUGCAAAUGGCAGAGGAACUCUCCUCGCCCAUUAUUUCCAAAGCAGCGACAGUUUCAGCCACCACAACUAUCGAGAGAAAAGAGGAUAGUGCUGCAGUGCAACCAAAGCAUUGUGAUAGAGUACCACAAGAGGGGGAAACAUCUCAAACCUUUCUGGAGCGAAACAAUAGAACACCUCGUCUCUCGGUGGUGGCACUGGAAAGAUUACAAGAAUCUCCUAUGAACAGUAAGGAAAGAAGUGAGCAAACCUCUGCACCGGCGGCAAACGAGAAACUUUUGGAACAAUCACCCUCCACGCCCAGGUCAAGACAUACACGUCGUGAAUUCAAACGAAAGUUGGAUAAAGAGGAUAAAUCCUCUACGACAAGCAAAGUGACUGAAGCAACAAGUUGGCAAAACGCCAUACCAGCAAGUGCCGAAAAACGUAUGCCUUCCACAAAGAAAUCGGAGCCAUCGAAACCGUCGAAUGAGGAAAGCAAAUCUCAAGCUUCCAAAUCAUCCAAAAAGUUGUCAUCAGCAGAAGCGGAAGAAGAAGACAACAAACCUUUGGCUUCGAGAGCAAGGCGUUCAAAACUCAUCAAAGAAACCAAAUCGAUUAGACCUAAAACACCUCCGCCACCUCCUCCACCUGCAACUGGUCAAGUUCGAAAGCAAUCAUCUGUCUCAAAGACGGUAAAAUCUCUGCUUGAUGCGAACAUCAAACUCCCAGCUGGCAUAGAUCCUAGUACGUUGCUAAGUUGCAAAAUAAAACUUAAGCGACGAAAUUCCAUACAUCCCAUGAUUAUGUCUCAAAAGUGUACACCGGCUGUAGCAAAGGCUCCUCCUCCUAUCCCGGCACCAAUUGAAAUAAUUCGAACACCAGAAGAGAUAGAAAGGGACGCCAAAGCCGUCGAUUGCAAUGUCAACUACGAGGAGCAUGAUGUUUUGCCUUUGAAAGAACGCCAAUACCGGGUAAAUGGAGAGACUGAUCACAGUGAUACCAGUGACGAGAAGUUAUCCACAUCCUCCAAGAAAAUGAAAAUAGGCAAAAAGACCUAUCUACCAGCCGGUUUAUUUUCAGACUACUACAAAGUCGCUCAGGUAGCAACCACAAAAAGAGCCUACAACAAAAAAGAUUCUUUUGAGAAAAAAUCCGAAAGUGAAAAUAAACCUCAGCCGGAGGUUAAGGAAACUAAAGAUGGCUCCGAGGUAGCUAUCAAGCCGACAUUACCUCCCCCUCCGUAUUGUGAGAAAUACCUGCGGCGCACACAAUACGAUUUCGAAUUGCCCUAUGAUAUUUGGUGGGCCCACACCAACUCUAAACUGCCCUCUCGCAUAACAGUGGCAUCUUGGAAUUUUCGCAAAAUACGCACCAACAUGUAUGCCGAAAAUGUGAAACCUCCUCCCGUGGCAGCCUAUGACCAUCCCAUGUGCAAUUGCAAACCAGACAUGGGUUGUGGUGAUAAUUGCCUCAAUCGCAUGGUCUACACCGAAUGUUCCCCAACCAACUGUCCCACUCGUGAUAAAUGUCAAAAUCAGAAAAUACAAAAACAUGAAAUUGCUCCCGGCGUAGAAAGAUUCAUGACCGAGAAUAAGGGUUGGGGCGUACGCACCAAAUUACCCAUACCCAAGGGUACCUACAUUUUGGAAUAUGUUGGAGAAGUUGUCACCGAACGCGAAUUUAAAGAUCGCAUGGCCACCAUAUAUCUAAAUGAUACCCAUCACUAUUGUUUACAUUUGGAUGGUGGUUUGGUAAUUGAUGGUCACCGCAUGGGCAGCGAUUGCCGUUUUGUCAAUCAUUCUUGUGAGCCGAAUUGUGAAAUACAAAAAUGGUCAGUAAAUGGCUUGUCUCGCAUGGCUUUAUUUGCCAAACGGCCCAUUACGGAGGGCGAAGAAUUGACCUAUGACUACAAUUUUUCUUUGUUUAAUCCCUCGGAGGGUCAACCAUGUCGAUGUAAUACACCUCAUUGCCGUGGCGUCAUUGGUGGUAAAUCGCAGCGCAUCAAACCGUUACCAAUAGAGCCAAAGGCUACCAUUGAACCAACACCUAAGAGCGGAGAUGCCAAAGGUCGCCAGAGAAAACGCAAAGCAAAAAAGAAUACUCAACGACAGGCAACCAAAGUUGUGGCAACACCUACUCGCAUGCAACCCUUAUCAGAAAAGGAAAAGAAACUUGUUUUGAAAUAUUCCAUAUUUUUGGUACGAAAUUUUGAGAAAAUACGUGCCAAAAAACGCAACCGCAAAGCCUUAGAUAGGAGCUGCGAUUCAAAAUCGCAAACUCCCAUAGCGACGACCCCAACUCCAGCAUCUAGUCCAAGUCCCGUAAUGCCAGGUGCUAUAACUCAAAGACGCCCCUCCACCCCAGCAUCAUUGGCUGCUCAAAUAACGGCUCUGUGCACAGCUAGAAGCAUAAAGACCCGCGGUCUUACCCUAGCAGUGCAAGAUCCUGAAUUGGAUAAAAUGGCCAAAAUGGCAAAAGUUUUACGGGAUAUUUGCACUAAUUUAGAAAUGGCUAAAAAUCCCGACAAUACCCAACAGUCUCUGGUGGCUAUCACACUUUUGCCAUCUGCUGGCAUGAAUAGCAAUAAAAAGAAGAAAGCCUCAAUGAAGAAUCAACAGAAGGUAGAAGUAACUGACUUCAAAGGAAUUCAAAGUAACGUUGAGCAAGGCUUCUACAAACUCCCUGCAGAAUUUAAUGCUGAUAUGGUGAAGUUACUGAAAGAAACAAGACUAACGUUAGAGAAAAACCACGAGUCGAGCAAAUUGGGUCACGUGGAAUUGCUGGAAAAAGAAUUUCAGGAGGAAAAACAAAAACAAUACACAACAUUAUUGGAAAUACUAGGAGAUGAAAUGUUGUUGAAAGAUUUCAAGCCAAUCGUAAAUGCUGUAGAGCAUGAGCCACAGGAAUAUGUCAAACGAAUAGAGCAACAUCCAGGCGCCAACACCAGUCUGGACACUUCAUCUGCACAUACUGAGGAUAUAAUACGUUGCAUUUGUGGCCUUUUCAAAGAUGAGGGUUUAAUGAUCCAAUGUGCUCGCUGUAUGGUAUGGCAGCACACGGAAUGUACUAAAGCCGAUGUAAAAGCUGAAAACUAUCUCUGUGAACGUUGUGAGCCGCGUAUUGUCGACAGAGAGAUACCUUUGGAGGAUUUCACCGAAGAAGGUCAUCGCUAUUAUCUAACACUAAUGCGUGGUCAAAACUUGCAGGUGCGGCAAGGUGAUGCUGUCUAUGUUCUACGCGAUAUACCUGUUAAGGAUGCUGCUGGCAAUGUUGUACCUUUGAAGAAGCACACCUACGAGACAAUUGGCGAAAUUGAUUACAACGAAUGUGACAUCUUUCGCGUCGAGCGUUUGUGGAAAGAUGGCAAGGGUAAACGUUUUAUAUUCGGUCAUCAUUUUCUGAGACCGCAUGAAACAUACCACGAACCCUCGCGUAAAUUCUACCCCAACGAAGUGGUACGUGUGCCGCUGUAUGAAGUUGUCCCCAUCAACCUGGUCAUAGGUCGCUGUUGGGUCUUGGAUCGUACAACAUUCUGCAAGGGUCGACCGAUUGAAUGCAACGAUGAGACGCACUGUUUUAUUUGUGAACUGCGCGUGGAUAAGUCGGCAAGGUUCUUUGCGCGAACCAAAACAAAUCAUCCGACUUGUACAAAAAGUUAUGCAUUCCGAAAAUUCGAGGAGAAGUUAAAGAUAGCUAAGACAUAUGCGCCUCAUGAAGUAGAUCCAUCAAUGUUGAAAUCCAAAAAACAAAAGACUGAAAAUGAAUCACCAAGCCUAGCGACAAGUUCAACUACAGCUACUGGAAAUGCUGGUGGUGGAUCUUCAAAGAAGGAAACCAAUAAACUAUAUCAAACUCCCACAAAGAAACGUCAAAAUAGCACCAGUCCAGCUACAAUAACAAUUUCGACGACCACAAAUUCAACGCCAGUAAUGAGCAUCAAGGAAAAACGCUCGCAUUUGGAAACUGUAUUAAAAGUACUAAAAACACGUUCUAAACAUUUAAGUACAGGCGGCAAUGAACCUCCCUUAGAUCUGACGUACCUAUUAUCGGGACGUGGAGCUCGCCAGAGAAAAACUCCACUCGCUAUAAGAAAAGAUUUUGUGUAAAAGGAAGUUUAAAAGAAAAAACAAGAACAAAGGAAAACAAACAUGAAAACUAAAGAGCAUUGUAAUGUUCUGAGGAUUCUAAACAUCACAUGCAGAAUUUGCAAAAGAAAAAAAAUUGUUAAAUAUUUUGUAUUAUAUAUAUUGAUGGAAAACACUAACAACUAAACCUAAUUUAUACACACUAUAGAACAAACUAAUGAUACACCAGCUUCAAUUAUAAUAUUUCUAACCACAUGUUUUACCCUAGCCAUUACAUAUUAAUGUAUAAAUGAGGAAGAAAACAGAGCGUUUAACAUAGGACAUUGUAAAUUAUACGAACUUUUUUAAA